AUGAAGAAUGAAACAUUUAUAGCUUACUUUGUAAUCAAGGGAUUUUCAGUGGGCUCAUCAAUCAACAUCAUCAUUUUUGUGAUACUGCUAUUAACCUUCUUUUUUACAAUAUUUGCAAACUUUUGCAUAAUAGUUAUAAUAUGUACAGAUUACAACCUUCAGUCGCCUAUGUAUUUGUUCUUGGUAAGUCUUUCGUUUCUAGAAAUAUGUGCUAUUUCAGUUAUUCUCCCUAAAUUUAUGACAACGCUUAUAACAAAGAAGACAAGAAUAUCAAAUGCUGGAUGCUUCACACAAUCAUUUUUCUACUUUUUUCUUACUACUUCUGACUUUUUCCUUUUGAGUGUUAUGUCAUUUGACCGUUAUGUGGCCAUAUGCUACCCACUCAGAUAUUCCACCAUCAUGAGAAAAAGUACCUGUAUCCAUUUGGUGGCUGGCUGCUAUAUUUUAUCAUUUUUAUGCCUUCUUUAUCCCACCAUAAUGAUGUCGAACCUACCUUUUUGUGGUUAUAUGCUGGAUCAUUUCUAUUGUGAGAGCACGGCCAUGUUGAAACUUAUCUGUGUUGACACCAGUUUAAUCAAACUCUCUGCAAUCAUCAUUUCUGUUUUUGUCUUAAUUGGUCCUUUAACAAUUACAGUAAUAUCUUACAUUUGUAUUGUUUACACUGUAAUAAAAAUCCCAUCAGACAGAGGUCGCCAGAAAACAUUUUCAACAUGCUUGUCUCACUUGACAAUGGUAUCUAUAGUUUUUGGAAGUGCAAUAUUCAUUGAAAUCAGGCCAUCAAGAGAGUACUCUUUAGAAACAGACAAAGUGGUAAACCUGGUAAGCACUGUACUUGGACCUUUACUAAAUCCUUUUAUUUAUACACUUAGAAACAAAAAUGUAAAAGACUCUAUAAAAAAAAGAAAAUGGAACAAUAAUUGGAAGUUUUGA